UCCCCUCUUGUCUUCAAUUCAAAUUUGGCAGCCGGAAACAACUGGGUAUUGUCUUCUCUUCGCCGGAGCUAUCUUCUUCUUCCCCAAGGCAUAACCAUUCUUUUUUGGUUCUUAACCAAUCGUCAGUCAUCAAGCAUAAUCAGAAGUUCAGAAUUCCACCGGACUGCUUUUCUUCUCUUCCACUGGUACAUAGGUUUUCGGUUUCUCUAAGAGCUAUUAGUUAUGGCAAAGGAUCAUGUAAUUGCAGUAAAAGAUGCUGUUCACAGGCUUCAACUUUCUCUUCUAGAAGGCAUUCAGGAUGAGAACAAAUUAUUUGCAGCUGGUUCAGUGAUGUCACAAAGUGACUAUCAAGAUGUGGUUACAGAGAGAUCCAUAACUAAUUUGUGUGGUUACCCUCUCUGUGGCAAUUCUUUGCCUUUGGAAAGGCCAAGAAAAGGCAGAUAUCGGAUUUCACUCAAGGAACAUAAAGUUUAUGAUCUUCAUGAAACGUACAUGUACUGCUCCACAAAUUGUGUGGUGAAUAGUCGGGCUUUUGUAGCUAGUCUGCAGGAGGAGAGAUCUUCAACUUUAAACCCGGUGAAACUGAACGAAAUUUUGAGGCUAUUUGAGGGAUUAAGUUUGGAAGAGUCCAGUGGUGGUUUUGGAAAGAACAGCGAUUUAGAGUUGUCAAAGUUGAGGAUUCAAGAAAUGACUGACACAGGGUCUGGGGAAGUGUCUCUUGAGGAGUGGAUUGGACCUUCAAAUGCUAUUGAAGGCUAUGUUCCUCUGAAAGACUCUUGCUCCAACAUCCAACAGGCAAGAAACCUUGAAAAAGGGUGUAAGUCUGAGCAUGCUCAUAUCCAGCAGAUAAAAGACAAUUUUUUUAAUGACGUGGACUUCACAAGUACUUUAAUUAUUCAAGAUGAGUAUAGUAUGUCGAAAUCUCCAGAUCCGGCAAGGAGUAUCUCUGGUCAUAAAACUGAUAAGCAGAAAGGAAAAAUGAAGCACAAAGACAUGAAAGAUGAUGAAUCCACCGAAUUAGAAGGGCGAGUUGUUUCUGAGGGAAAUAAAAUUGAAAAGAAAAAUUUGGAUAAGGCACCAAGGAAACCUGCCAUUAAAGACAAUCUAGGAGACAGUCUAGGUGACUUAUCAAAUGAUAUCGAUGAGAAGCUUGUCAUUUCAGACUCGUUUUCUGGUCCUGGCCGGAAUGAUCUAAAUAAGAACAUGAGUGAAGCAGCUUCAGAAUUUCAAGCUGAAAAGGCAUCUAGUUCUACUGCCAACAUGCUAAAGCCUUCUUUAAAAUCAACAAAGGGAAAGAGGGGAACUCGUUCUGUCACUUGGGCUGAUGAGAAAGUUGAUGGUAAUGGCAGCAAAAGCCUUUGUGACUUAUCAAAUGAUAUCGAUGAGAAGCUUGUCAUUUCAGACUCGUUUUCUGGUCCUGGCGGGAAUGAUCUAAAUAAGAACACGAGUGAAGCAGCUUCAGAAUUUCAAGCUGAAAAGGCAUCUAGUUCUACUGCCAACAUGCUAAAGCCUUCUUUAAAAUCAACAAAGGGAAAGGGGGGAACUCGUUCUGUCACUUGGGCUGAUGAGAAAGUUGAUGGUAAUGGCAGCAAAAGCCUUUGUGAGUUUCGAGAAUUAGAGGACACAAAAAAUAUUUUCAGCCAACCUGGUUCUGCAGUUAUGGAAGUAAAUGAGGAUCCAUAUAGGUUUGCAUCAGCUGAAGUGUGUGCAAGAGCGCUCAGCGAAGCAGCAGAGGCUGUUGUAUCUGGAGAUGCUGAUACUUCUGAUGCAGUGGCUGAAGCUGGAAUUAUUCUAUUACCUCCUCAUCCAGAAGUGCAUGGAACUGAAGCUCAAGUGGAAGUUGAUAUGCCUGAUUCCGAAACAAAUGUUUUAAAAUGGCCAAUGAAAUCAGGCUUAUCAAACUCUGAUCUGUUGGACCCCAAUGAUUCUUGGUAUGAUACGCCACCAGAGGGGUUCAGUUUGAAUUUAUCGCCAUUUGCAACAAUGUUUAUGGCACUAUUUGGAUGGAUAUCAUCGUCUUCCUUGGCCUAUAUAUAUGGACAUGAUGAAAGCCUUCAUGAAGAUUAUCUGUAUAUCAAUGGGAGGGAGUACCCCCGCAAGAUUUUUUCCACUGAUGGUCGCUCUCUUGAAAUUAAGCAAGCUCUGGCUGGCUGUCUUGCUCGGGCUUUACCAGCGCUUGUUGCCGAUCUCCAGCUUCCAAUGCCACUAUCUACUCUGGAGAAAGAAAUGGACCAUCUACUUGAUACAAUGUCUUUUAUGGAUCCACUUCCACCAUUCAGGAUGAAGCAGUGGCAACUGCUUGUUCUCUUGCUUCUUGAUGCUUUAUCAGUUUAUAGGAUUCCUGCACUGACUCCUUACAUGACUGGUAGAAGAAUUCUGCUUCCAAAGGUGCUGCAAGGGGCGCAAAUAAGUGCAGAAGAAUACGAGAUUAUGAAGGACCUGAUUAUUCCACUUGGCAGAGUUCCUCAAUUUGCAAUGCAGUGCGGCGCUUAAAUUGUGACUAAAUAGCUUCCCUCAACUCCGUCGCCCAUUUUGCUCGUCGGGAUUCUCUAAUGGGGUUGCUGCUGGAAAUUUAAUGUUCGUACACUUCUUUUUGGUUCCUCCGAGUUGAAAUUCCUCUGUCUAGGUAAGAUAACCUUACCAGCCCCUCCUUUCCUCCGGAUCCCUGAGGCGUCAAUUUGAAUUGUGAACGAACCUCUUCAAUGAGAGACGACAAAAGAAAUGGGUGGAUUUAAGCUGUUUGAGUUUCCACUUAAAAAUCAUCCUGUAUUGUGUAAUUGCAGAUGGCACAAGCUUAGCCAUGGCGAUGACAUUAACUAGCGUCAGUGGUCAGCAAAAAGUAACAGAUGAAGGAAUAAUUAGCAGGAGGGUUCCGAAAUUACUCCCUUUGAGAAACCCAUAUUUUGGCUUGUCCUCAGUUCAUGUAUAUAUAUAUAUCUUUGCUGGGCUCUAAACUUUUGGUGUAAAAAAUUUAAAAUCAGUCCCGCAGCCCCAAAUUGGGUAUUUGUUUUUCAAUUUAUAUUCAAUUACAGACAUUUUUUAGUUUCAUGUCCUGGAGUCUUAGCCCAGCAGUUGACAAUGUAAAGGAUAUGAUAUUGAAUUCUCUGUUCCUUUUUUUU